AUGAAAUCAAGUAGUUUUCGUAUAAGACGACAGAUAAACUCACUCACUAACCAAACAAUUCGUGAAACUGAUGUUCGUAACAUUAACAGUGAAAAUAAGUCGAAGAUUCUUUCUAAUUCCAAUAACACUUUGGAUAAGAAGUAUGUACUAAUUCAAAAGUUUAAAGAAAUGUGGCCGGUGUCGCAAUGGAACGCGAUUGGAUACUUUACGGAGGACUAUUUGAACUUGAUCAACGAACAUUGGCUCCAGUUUCCACCACCUAGUGAGAUUGUUCAGAAAUCUAUUGGUGCUAUUUAUAUCAUUUUUGCCACGGUCGGUUGCUGGGGGAACAUAAUCGUUAUCUUCAUGUACUUAAAGUGCCGGACACUACGCACUCCGGGGAAUAUCUUGGUGGCUAAUCUCGCUCUAAGCGACCUUAUGAUGUUGGCCAAAACACCAAUUUUCAUUUUUAACUCAUUUUACCUCGGCCCAGCUUUAGGCAAGUCUGCUUGCGUGGUUUAUGGUUUUAUCGGCGGAUUAAGCGGUACCACAUCGAUCGCUACGCUCACUGCCAUUGCCUUGGAUCGUUACUGGGCAGUGGUAUAUCCGCUAGAGCCUCUCCGAGCGCUCACAGCUAUCCGCGCUCGCUUGCUCGCCGUCGGUGCCUGGCUCUACGCUGGAUUUUUUGCUAUGAUACCAGCUUUAGACAUCGGAUAUGGCCACUAUGUUCCCGAAGGCUUCCUAACGAGCUGCAGCUUUGACUACCUGACUGACGAAAUCCCACCUCGCUAUUUUAUAUUCGCAUUCUUUUGCGCCGGGUGGUUGGUACCACUUUGUAUUAUUUCAUUCUGCUAUACGCGUAUUCUAAGUAUUGUUGUUGGAAAAAGAAAUAUGAAUUCGAAGAAUCCGGAGCAGCGUCUUUCCUCUAGACACGUCAAAGAACAAACAAAACGCAAAGCGGAACUAAAAUUAGCAGUCCUUGUUAUUGUAGUCAUUGCUUUAUUCUUUGUGUCUUGGACUCCGUAUGCUAUCGUUUCAUUGUUGGGAAUUUUCGGUAAAAGAGAUGUUAUAACUCCAAUAACUUCCAUGAUUCCUGCUUUAUUUUGUAAGACUGCUGCUUGUAUUAAUCCCUUUAUUUAUAUAAUAACACACCCCAAAUUUAAAAAAGAACUCCAGAAAUUAUUGUUUAAAGACAAAUCUCGCCGUAUGACGGGUACGUUCAAAACUGCCGCUUACACAGAAACAAGUAAAUUUCAUAGACAGAGUAAAAAUCUAAGCGAGACAGAUGUGGAAAUUAUAGAAAUGAAAGAUAUUCCCUACAAUGACCCCACUUUAAAAGAUAUUCCAAAUAUUGAAACUAUAUCGUCGAGGAUAUCAGAAAGAGAAGGUUCGCAGAAGUCUCAAAGAAGCGUAAGCAUGAAAAGCUACGAAGAGAGUGUCGUUACACCGCCGACGUGGUAUUCGAAACCAGAAUUUUCUAAAAAGAAAAGUUUCCAUCGUCGUUUGACAAACACAUCUUUUGAUCUAUGA